AUGUCUGUCAACGUUCCCACCGAUUCAAAACAGAAGGAGAAGGAUAUCAACGCGAAGCUCCAAUUCUUUGGUAUCUAUCAUGCCUUCAAGAACAGCAAGCUCCCAUCCAACAAGCAAUGCGAUAUCGCUUUGAACAGCGCCUUGAGCUCCAAGGCCCUCUCCUCUCCCCCCAAGGAGCUCUCUGCCGAUGGAAAGACCCUCGUGGGCGACUUACGAAAUGUUAUUGAACAAGCCAAGAUUAUGCUCUUAGUAAAGAACGAGGGUGAAUUGAUCCAGGAUUUCAUCUGGCAAGCGCAGAAGAUUACCGCCGGCGAUGCUCAGAAGCCCAACCUUCCCAUCAACAAGGAGACUGGACAGCAAGAUGCGACCAAGGCCGCCGAGGGUCUGAAGACUCUGGGCACACUCAUGGUCACCAACGGAGAGUUCCGCAAGCUUUUGAGUGAUGCCAUGAUCUUGAUCAAGGAUAUUGGCGCCGAUGCAUCGCAGAAGGCUGCCAACAAGGUCCGCCCUUCGGAAGAGGACCUUGCCCAGAUCGAUCAUGCCGCCGAGGACAACGUGUGGCAUGAGAAGCCCAACAUUUCCAAGGAGGACAUGAAGUCCAAGUUCAAGAAGAACAAAGCUGACAAGGAAAGCGUUGCUUCUGCUUCCAUCGCCGAGAACGACUCUACCCUGUCAUCCAAGAGCAAGACCAAGGAGGCAGCUGACAAGACCAAGAACUACCUCUCCGAAAAGGUGCCCAAGGAGCGCCGUGACCAGACAAUUUGGCGUUUGAAGAAGAUGAUCAUCGAGAUUCAAGGUCACGCUGAUUACCAGCAGGCCGUUGAGACUCUGUUGACUAUGGCUGAGCAAUACGCUGGCCACACCAAGGAUGUUUCCCAGCAGGGCGGCACCGCAGCCCGUGGCGUCCUCAAGACUGACAGUGUCCAGGCUGUCCAGUCCAACCUGCGCACUCUUAUUGAGCGCUUUGCCAACAACACCUCCCUCGACAGCUUCUUCAACUCACUGAACACCGUGUACCACGAUGCCGAGAAGGACCCAGAGCUGAGGAACUGGUUCAAGAACAUCGACAACCUCAUUCGCAAAUCUUUGCGCGAGCAGGGCUUUAUCAUGGAGGAGGAGUGCAACCGCCAGUGGAACGAUCUCUACGAGAAGGGCCGUUACUUGUUGCGUGAGCGCUACCGCGGCCACACCGACACCAUCGUCGAAGAGACCAAGUUCCUGGCCGACCAGUUCGAGAAGGACCCCCAGAACCAGGCUCUCGCCGAGGCCUUCCAGAAGCUGUUCAAGGAUCUUGGACGUGACACCGACGGCAAGGUCACCUUCAAGAAGGACCUUGUUCGUGAUCUCCGCGAUAUUAUUGUCCCUGGUAUCUUCGAGAACGUCCGCUACGUUCCUAUCCCCCGUAUUGAGGUCUCUGACCCCAUGGUUGAUGUUGUCGUCGAGAAUCUGUGUAUUGAGAGUGACAACCUGUUGCCCAAUGUCGUUGAAUUUGGUAGCGAUAACUACUUCCGUUGGGGCCGCAAGAAGAUCAGCAACAAGCGUGACAACAAGAUCAUGAUCUCCAUGUCUGGUAUCCAGGCUGACUUGCGUGAUGUGAGCUACUACAUCAAGAAGAAGGAGGGCUUCCCCUCCAUCACCGACAAGGGUAUUAUGGACAUCUUCCUUGGUGGUGAGGGCCUCAGCGUCAAGAUCGCCGCCUCUACCGCACAGAAGAACGACAAGGAGUCCUUUGUCAAGCUUGACAAGGUCAAUGUUUCCAUCAAGAACAUGGACAUCAAGCUUAAGAAGUCCAGCCACAAGAUGUUGUUCAACACCUUCAAGCCUAUGCUUUUCCGUGUCGUUCGUCCCGCCUUGCAGAAGGUCGUUGAAGGCCAGAUCCGUGAGGCCUUCAAGAAGGGAGAUGGCUUCGCCAAGGAGAUCCACACCGAGGCCAUCCGUGCCCAGGAAGCUGCCCGUGAGGACCCCGAGAACGCUCCUACAAUCUUCGCCCGCUACAGCGAUGCCAUUCGUGCCCGUGCCCAGGCCAAGGCCAAGCAGGCCGAGGCCAUCGCCAAGCGCGAUACCAAGGUCCAAACUGUUAUGACCCUCCAUGACUCCAUCUUCCCCGAGAUCGAGCUUCCUGGAGGUAACUCCAGCAAAGCCACCGAGUACGCCGAGCUGGCAACCAAGGGUGAGCGCUGGGAGUCGCCCAUCUUCAGCCUCGGCAAUGCCUCUGAGUCAACCGGCAUCCCCUCCGCCGGCCCCAUCACCAACAAGCCCCACGGCGCCAGUACCAACGGCGCGGGAGCUGCCGGUGUUGCCGCCGCUGCAGGAACCUCUGGCGCCGCCACCGCCGCCGCCACCAAUGGCACCGACGCUUCAAAGAUCGCCGGAUAUCCAUCCCGGGGCUUCUCCGACGAGGUCGAUGAGGCUUUCGUCAACGGCAAGUCCAAUGGCAUCUCUGAGGGUGUCAAGAAUGGUACCAAUGGCGUGACUGCUGCCAACGGCGUUACUGCCACCAAUGGAACCACCGCCACUGCCCACUAA